GCCAUUCUCCUGCCUCAGCCUCCGAGUAGCUGGGACUACAGGCGCCCGCCACCGCGCCCGGCUAAUUUUUGGUAUUUUUUAGUAGAGACGGGGUUUCACCGUGGUCUCGAUCUCCUGACCUCGUGAUCCGCCCGCCUCGGCCUCCCAAAGUGCUGGGAUUACAAGCGUGAGCCACCGCGCCCGGCCGCGUAGUGCUUUUAAACAGGAAGUCUCAGAACUCAUGGAGGGAAGUAGCUGACAGCAAAACUGCUUUCCUACUCAUCAACCCAAAGAACUGCUUAAUUCCAGAAGAAGAUAGAGGAGCACGUCUCACCAAACACAAGGGAACGCCCUAUCAUGUCGCAUAUAAGCGAUCGAGUGAUGCAUUCGUUGCUAGCUGAAGAGAUUAUUCCUUGAUAACCGCUUGGUCUUGUCAGAAUAGAAACGAACGGGUACUCCUGUUCAAAGAACUACAAAUCCCAGAAGGCCUUUCGGCCAGAGCGCCUGCGCAUCUCGCGCUCCUUCCUUUCCGCUCCCCAUCAUCUGGAAAGACCCGCCCAGCGGUGCUGUCGCUCGCGCUGGAAGAAGCGGAAGAAGAUGGCGCUCACCAGCUUUUUACCUGCACCUACUCAGCUAUCUCAGGACCAGCUUGAGGCUGAAGAAAAGGCAAGAUCCCAGAGAUCACGGCAGACCUCACUGGUCUCCUCCCGAAGAGAACCUCCCCCGUACGGAUACCGGAAAGGCUGGAUACCUCGGUUAUUAGAGGAUUUUGGAGAUGGAGGUGCUUUUCCAGAGAUCCAUGUGGCCCAGUAUCCACUGGAUAUGGGACGAAAGAAAAAAAUGUCGAAUGCGCUGGCCAUUCAGGUGGAUUCUGAAGGAAAAAUUAAAUAUGAUGCAAUUGCUCGACAAGGACAGUCAAAAGACAAGGUCAUUUAUAGCAAAUACACUGACCUGGUUCCAAAGGAGGUUAUGAAUGCAGAUGAUCCAGACCUGCAAAGGCCCGAUGAAGAAGCUAUUAAAGAGAUAACAGAAAAGACAAGAGUAGCCUUAGAAAAAUCUGUAUCACAGAAGGUCGCCGCAGCCAUGCCAGUUCGGGCAGCUGACAAACUGGCUCCUGCUCAGUAUAUCCGAUACACACCAUCUCAGCAAGGAGUGGCAUUCAACUCUGGAGCUAAACAGAGGGUUAUUCGGAUGGUAGAAAUGCAGAAAGAUCCAAUGGAGCCUCCAAGGUUCAAGAUUAAUAAGAAAAUUCCCCGGGGACCACCUUCUCCUCCUGCACCUGUCAUGCAUUCUCCUAGCCGAAAGAUGACUGUAAAGGAGCAGCAGGAGUGGAAGAUUCCUCCUUGUAUUUCUAACUGGAAAAAUGCAAAGGGUUAUACAAUUCCAUUAGACAAACGUCUGGCUGCUGAUGGAAGAGGACUACAGACAGUACACAUAAAUGAAAAUUUCGCCAAAUUGGCAGAAGCCCUCUACAUUGCUGAUCGGAAGGCUCGUGAAGCUGUGGAAAUGCGUGCCCAAGUAGAGAGAAAAAUGGCUCAGAAAGAAAAGGAAAAACAUGAAGAGAAACUUAGAGAAAUGGCCCAGAAAGCCAGGGAGAGAAGAGCUGGGAUCAAAACUCAUGUGGAAAAAGAGGAUGGGGAGGCACGUGAGAGGGAUGAAAUCCGGCAUGACAGGCGAAAAGAGAGACAGCAUGACCGGAAUCUUUCCAGGGCAGCUCCUGAUAAGAGGUCGAAACUUCAGAGAAAUGAAAAUCGGGAUAUCAGUGAAGUCAUUGCUCUCGGUGUUCCUAAUCCUCGGACUUCCAAUGAAGUUCAGUAUGACCAAAGGCUCUUCAACCAAUCCAAGGGUAUGGACAGUGGAUUUGCAGGUGGAGAAGAUGAAAUUUAUAAUGUUUAUGAUCAAGCCUGGAGAGGUGGCAAAGAUAUGGCCCAGAGUAUUUAUAGGCCCAGUAAAAAUCUGGACAAGGACAUGUAUGGUGAUGACCUAGAAGCCAGAAUAAAGACCAACAGAUUUGUUCCUGACAAGGAGUUUUCUGGUUCAGACCGUAGACAGAGAGGCCGAGAAGGACCAGUUCAGUUUGAGGAAGAUCCUUUUGGUUUGGACAAGUUUUUGGAAGAAGCCAAACAGCAUGGUGGCUCUAAAAGACCCUCAGAUAGCAGCCGCCCCAAGGAACAUGAGCAUGAAGGCAAGAAGAGGAGGAAGGAAUAGGCACAGGUCUCUUCAAAGUGAAUGAACUCUUACCCAUAACCCUAAUGAUGCAAGUCAUAUGGGGGAACACUUUGUAAAUGGUCAAGAUAAAAACCAAAUCUGGGUGCCAGAUCCCGGCACUACUUUUUAUUACUGGAGAAUGGGGGGGAUAGAAAAUUCUACUUUGAAUUAUUUAGUUUUUUUUUAAAGAGUGGGUUGUGUUUGUGCUUCUCCCACCUUUCAGCAUUUAUAGAACAUGCUGCCCCACAUACAAAGUCAAGACCACUUCCUUUUGUGUGACACUAGUAGUUUGGGGUUAAUAUUUAGUGUAAGAACAGCUGCAUAUGAGUAAAGUUACCCCAACCACAGUGAGGAGGAAGAUUUUCACAUACUGGAACUGUCCUGCCAAAUAAAUUUUGCCCCUAUUGUGCUCUGUUUUAAUUUGGAGUGGGCAAAGUAAUCUCUUGCUUGGUGCAACUAUUUGUUUCAAAUAAAAACAUUUAGACAAAA